AGUUACUAACACUGACUUUUUCAGAGGUGGCGUAUUCCCAGAGCACUGGCCAGAAAGAGCAGCUGAGCCGCUGCCUGCAGCGAGGGAUCAGGCGGGUCCAGGAUCUCUGUAAAGUCCUCCACCUCCCGACGGUGUUUGAGGAAACGGCGGUGUCCUACUUCCAGAGAGCUCUGCAGCACCCCUCCUUCCACCUAGUCAGUCUGGAGAAGAAGGAGCUGCUGGGGGGCUGCUGCGUCUUCGUGACUUGUCGACAGCACAACUGGCCCCUGACGAUGGGGACGAUCUGCUCCCUCCUUUAUGCGAAGCAGGAGCUGUUUGCCAGCGUCUACCUGAGCCUUCAGAAAGAGCUCGGGCUCUCUGUGCCGGCCCUGAGCCUGGGGGAUCUGGUGAAGACGCACCUGAACAGUUUUCGGCUAUUCCAGCACGCGGCCGACAUCCCUGCCCCAUUUGUGGAGGACAAGGAGAAGAUGGUUGCCCGAACGAUGCAGAUCGUGGAGCUGGCCAGCGAGACGUGGCUGAUCACCGGCCGGCACCCUGUUCCCAUCGUCACGGCUGCGGCCUUCCUGUCGUGGCAGUCGCUGCAGCCCGCCGGCUCCCCUGGCUCUCCGGCGGCGGCAGGAGGGGCAGCGCAGGAGGAGGGCUGUCCCUCGGAAGGGAAACGCCAGCGUGAGGACGGCCCGAGGCCCUUGCUGCCGCCCUGCCUUCUCAAUCCGAGGAAGAGGCUGCGGACGGCAGCCCCCAGUGCUUUGGACUCUGCCAUCACUGGCGACGAGCCCAUCUCCGACAGCGAAAUCGAGCAGUACCUGCGGGGCCCGGAGGAGAUCCGGGCCUUCAGGAAGGCCAAGGCCUGGCUGUGA